AUGGACGACCCGACGCUCCUGAUCCAUUGGCUCUUCAGCUGCUGCGCCGUCUUUAUCAUGGUGGUCAGGCUGUUGUGGAAAAAGAUCGCCAAGCAGGAUUUCAACCUGGGUGACUGGUUCACUGUCGCUGCCAUCAUCUGCGCAUUGACUCGGCUUGGCCUCAUUCACGUCGUCUUGACCUGGGGAACAAACAACGUGUCUGCGGCGUAUCGGAAAAAUCACACCUUCACCGAUAAGGAAAUUUAUAGGCGAGAGAUCGGCAGCAAACUGUCCAUUGCGAACCGGGUUUUUUACAACUCCUAUCUAUGGCUGCAAAAACUUGUACUGCUCGACGUUUAUCGUCGACUGCUAUUGAAUCUCCGGUUUGAGAAACUCACCAUUUGGUCGUUCUGCGUCAUCUUCUUCGGCACCUAUGUCGCCUGUCAGGUGACGACGUUCAGUGAAUGCUACCCCUUCCACUUAUACUGGCAGGUUGUCCCUGACCCAGGCUCUUGUUCCGCGGCUCAGCUACAACUUGUCGUCGUCGGCGUCCUCAAUAUAGUGACCGACUUCAUGCUCCUUGUGCUACCACUACCGUUGGUCUUCUCACUGAAGACCCCUUGGCAACGCAAGCUCCAGCUGUAUGCUCUUUUCACACUUGGCAUUUUCAUCAUCGCCAUUACCGUCAUCCGUCUCCCCAUCAACAUUACGAACAAGAACAGCCAGGUCAACCGAACUACUUGGGCCAGCACCGAGCUGCUGACUGCCGCCCUCGUCGUAAACAUGCCAACGAUGUAUGGGUUGUGGAACAAGAGAAGGAAGGCAAAGUCAUCAGCGCAUACCUAUGGGGACCCGUCAGGGCUCCACUAUUACGGUCGAGCAACUAACAUAUCGACUGCUCAUCGAUCUACAGUUGGACGCGGCAACCCAGAUGAAGCGUUUGCCAUGGACACACGACAUAAGAUGGGGCCUAUGGAUGGAAUCAUGCAGACCAAGGAGGUGAUCGUGUCGGAGUUCAGGCAGGAGACGGAUCGCAAAUGCGGGCCGUAUGUACAUCUGCCCGAUGAUGUGGAGAAUGCAUCGAGCCAUUCAAGCGAACAUGGCAUAUUGAAGAAGUAA